CGGCACGAAUCGCUGAUACCGGGUGUAUAUAUUGUUCGUUAUUUGUGUAAUUGAAAUUCUUUUCCAUGAUAAAGACAUUCGCUCUGAAUUGGAUCGCUGGAAAGAAUUAAAGCUCAUCUUACAAAUAUUUUUUUAUCGUAUUAGUGAAUUAUUGCCUACAUCGUAGGAAGUAUGACCGAUUUAUUUAAAAGAAUGUUGUUCCUCUCCUGUUGAUUUGAAACGAAGUAAUGCGAACUCAGACCUUUCUGCUGCGAAUCCUUAAUUAAUCGUGAAUAAAUAUGUGCGUAUUCGACGACGAUAGUUUUGUUCCCGAAAUUGGCACAUAGAUUAGCUUUUAGAAAAAUUCUGAAAAAAAUAUCAGACCUUCACAAAUAUCGUACAAAGAUGGAUGUGGAAAAAAUAGCUGUGUUUGCUAGCGUAGGAUUCGCAAUAGCCGUUGCAGCGUUUGUUUUAUGGGGUCCAUCCCCCAAACCUAGAAAAAAAGGACAGAUCAUUGGAAUCAACAAUCUAGGAUAUACUUGCUUUUUAAAUUCCCUUUUGCAAGCUUUAGCUGCUUGUCCAAUUUUUAUCGGAUGGUUAAAAAUACAAUGCGUGAAGAAUGGCAAAGUUACCUUCAUUUCAACUUUGCUCUCUGUUUUUGAAAAAAUUAAUGGGUAUACUGAUGACAUGUACAGUGAUGUAACACCGAUUGAAAUAAUUUCAUCUCUUGGUAAUUUAUGGAGCUUUGCACCAGGCCACCAAGAUGCACACGAAUUAUUUCAUGUUGUACUUAAUGCAUUGCAAGCAGAAAUUCAACCUGUAAAUAGGAAAGGUUGCUUGUCCGAUGCUUUAUUGCAAAGUCCAACAAUGGUAGUGGAUACAAAAAAAUCAAGUGAUUCAUUGUCCUUUAGAAGCGUGUCUUGCAAUGAUAUUGUAUCAGCUAACAGAAAUGUUAGCACUCCAAAUGGAUUUGAUAAAAAUUGCAAUAAUCAUGUAAUGUUCUCAACACCAUCAAUAUCAAGUAUACUUAUGGCAUAUAAUAAGCCUGGUAUGAUCCUUGCCAGAUCUUCAGAAUUGCUUUCAAACAAUAUGGGAGGUGAAGAGAAUAAAGACCCUCUAAAGUCAUGGAGCUCUUUAUGUGCCAUGCCUGUGUCUAGUACUCCAUCAAUGUCUAUAGAAGUACAUCCAUUCUCAGGAUUAUUAACUAGUCAAUUACAAUGUAGUAACUGUAAAUGGAAGUCUGCUGUUCGUUAUGACAAACUUGAAACAAUUUCAUUACCUUUGCCACCUCUGGGUCCACGUACUAGAUCGCAUCACACGCUGGAAGAAUUACUAACGCGUUUUGUAACUAGUGAGAUUGUUCAAGAUGUGUUAUGUGAUGGAUGUGGAAUACGUUGCUUUUCCACUAAAACUUUAACUCUAGGCAAGCUUCCUAAAUGUCUGUGCUUGCAUAUAUCAAGAACUACAUGGAGUAAUUCUGGAACACCGAUUAAGAGAGAUGAUCCAGUCAAAUUUCCACAAAUACUAACAUUGGAUCCUUAUACUUUCACAGAAACUAGAAAAAGAAAUGCAAGGGGCGACCCUGAAGCAACAAUGUUGCUUGCUAAUCGUUCAACAUUAACGGAUAAAUACAAGUACCAACUACGCGCGAUAGUGGAACAUUGUGGAACUGUUGAUUCUGGACAUUUUGUUUGCUACAGACGAGGAAAUAAGUCGGAUCAAUGGUUGUAUACUUCGGAUAACGUAGUUGAGAGCAUAUCUUUAAUUGAAGUUUUAUGUGCCACGCCAUACCUUCUGUUUUACGAACGUAUUAAUAGCAAAUAAGAAUAGCUAGUCGAAUUUAAGUCAUUAUAAGAAAUGACGUUAUUUAUUUUCCAUAAAAAGUUAUCCAAACACGGAUUUGCUUCUAUUUCUAAAGAUUUAUAAAUUUAUACAUGAACCAUCGAUAUAUGCAUGAAUUUCAUAUCUUAACCACUAAAAAACGGGGACAAAGCGAUGACAAAGUAACCAUUAUGUAAAAUCAAAUACGAAUUUUUUUUUAAAUUGCAUAAAUUAUGUAUAGAUAGAAUUAAAAAUGAAAUCCUUAUGUCUAUUGUAUAUUAUUUCACAUCAUUUUUUUUUUUAAAUUUGGAAUGUCUGUAAACUCAUAAAAAAAACAGUGUUUUAUUUCUGAUUACAUAAAGGUAAUAUUAAUACAUUCAUUGUGCAUUUCUACAUAUAGAUUACCUUGUUCUAUUUACUCAUUCUCAAUGUCUCUUAGUUAUCUGUGUUAUGUAAUUUCUCAAUAUACAUAUCACAGAAUGUAUGUAGGCAAAAAUCUAAUUUCUUGUUAUUUUUAUUAACAAAGCAAAUUUACAUUUGCAACUAUUCAAAGAUAAUGGUUUCUACAGAUCUUUGGAAUCUCUGUCUCUUGUGCUCAUUAUAAAUUUAUAAACUGCAGAAAUAAAACACAAUUCGUGUUUGUACGCUUUUUAUUGAAAGUUUAUAAAGAUUUUGUAGGAAUUAUGAAACACCAUAUUAAUUUAGAAUAACAUAAUAAUGAGGGAAUUGAAGAGACUGCUCGGGUAUUAGCGGUAGCUUUCUGUUGGUUUUCGUUGCAAACAUGAAAAUGAAUUCAACAUUAUUAAUUGAGAAUCCAUUACAUCAUACAGGUUCUUAAUUAUAAAUAUCAUUAACAGAAUUUAUUUGUGUCAUAUUGUUAUUUACUUAAAUACUGUAUAGUUGUCAAACUUAAUUAAAUAACAUAACUUUUUAAAUUUUAUUUAUAAAAAUCGUAUCUGAUUAAUCAUUGAUAUAUGAUGGCAAAGCGUAUUAUUCAAGGUCAAUAAUAACUCGAAAUAUUGUAUUUUCAGAUGUCACAAUUAACUAUUAGGCAGAUUUCAUGAAUUGUAGAAGUAAAAAAAAUGAUAUUGAAAUUGUGCCAAACCAAUUGAUUGUAUUAUAUGGAUUAACUCUCAGUUUUGUGCAAUUAGAACUUAGAAAUUUAAUUCAAAAUAUCUACUGAAGCAAUUACUAUUUCAAUCAGAAGAUUAAUAUACCCUGUAGAUCGAUAUACAGAGUGUUUCUUAAUAUGUGGCCGCUAGAGUCUCCCAGGUACCUUACUCUACAUUAAGCGCCCACAUAUUAAGAAACACUCUGUAUAGUCCUCACCGACCAUUGAAUGUUACAAUGUCUAAGGUAAGGUUUGCUGGGUACUCUUAUUAAUAAGUCCACUGCCACCGCCCCCCUCAUCCACCCCUGUAGAAACUUACAUUACAACGAAUUUAUCAUUACUACCUAGUGAAUUGGUGAGGACAGCAAUAUUGGUGUACCACUUUCAACAUCUCUGUACCACUUUAUUAGUUGGUAUAGUAACAUUCUUCGUAAUGUAGAUUUAUUAGGAACUUAGCCUAGAUAUUUCUGUUUAAGACAAUGAACUUCUUUCAUGUUAAAAACAUUCCGCUACUAUGAUUCUCGACUCUUUACAUAGGGGUAUAGAAAUCUAGUAGAGAUCCUACUAAAAUUAUAUUACAUUAUUAUAUGCUUGCCUGCACUGCCCGAUAUAGUUUGUCUAUUUUUCACCUAAAAGUAAAUAUAAUUAGAUACUCUAAAGAAAAAAUUGUAUUCAUUCAUAAUUUAAAAGAAAAACCGAUUGUGAAUUUGGCAAACCUCCAUAAGUUUACUCUUAUUAGAAACACGAGCGUGUUUACUCAUAUCCAAAUUUUGAGGUUUUAAUUAACGAAUGUGAUACAUUUGAAUGAUGAUAAUGACCCCAGAUAAAUUUAUUUCUUUUAUAUUUUUAUUUUAGCAUUAUUGUAUUUCUCCUCCUACUACUACCAAUUUGUUUGGCAAUUCUACAAAUGUAGAUAGAUCCAAUGAAUUUAUUUUUUAAUACUAGUGGUAAUACUAGUAAAUUGUAAACUAUACAUUCAGACAUUUGUUUGCUUUUUAUGAAGCUUGUAGAUAAUUUAUGUAUUUCUCCUGUACGUAAUUUGAUAAUUAAGUUGUAUACAUAUUUUUACUAUGCUUCUAUCAAAUAAAUGUACAAUUGUGUUUUUAUAGAAGAAUGCGAUUGUAUUACUGUAUUAAAAUGAAUACAGGGUAGUAAGAUUAAUUUUAAUCUUCGUUUUAGUACAUUUUGUAAGAAGUCCUAUACCGAAAUAAUACA